AUGGCAGAUGUCGACGUCUUUCAAAAUUGCUACAUCCCAGACGAUCCCAACAUCUCCCAAGAAGCAAAAGCAAUCUUGACCGGAUAUAGCAACAUCCCUGAUGGCGACUUGACUCCGCAUGUACGAGCCAUUCGUAAGAAGGCUUGGGAAAUCUAUCAGUACCCUUGUAUUGGAUACUAUAACUUCAUAGACUUUAGUAUUGGUAACUCUCGUAUAUAUGAGGAAGUGCUACAUGAAGUCAAGCAUGGAGCAACGUUUCUUGACUUGGGCUGUUGUUUCGGGCAAGACGUCCGCAAGCUAGUCUUUGACGGAUGCCCUUCGCAAARCAUUUCCGCAAGUGAACUCGAACCUGGAUUCAUCGAGCUAGGCUACGAGCUUUUCCAAGACAAAGCAAAGGUUACAGGCGAAUUUCACCUGUGGAGAUUUCUUCGCGCCGGAGGAAAUGGCGGGUCUCAAAGGGAAGAAAUCCUUCGAUUUCAUCCAUGCGGGGGGCUUUUUUUUUCCAUUUGUUUACUUGGGAUGAGCAGGUGGAAGUUAUGUCUCGGGCAGUCAAUUUGCUGA